AUGAGUCUUCCAGCGAGGGAUGCAUCAGCCGAGCUUUCUGCUUCUGAGGGUUCUGAGGAGAGGAUUCCAGAAGGUUCAACGAGCCUGGACUUGCCCCAGUUCCUCGCAAUGCUGGAGUGCCGGGAUGCCACCCGACGAGUAGCGGCUCUUCAGUCCGUCAACCACAGCAUCUUUGAGGCGACUGACGGGAAUGAGGCUUCAAAGAUCUUCCGCAAGGUCGUCUCGAUGCUCAACGACCCUGUUUGGGACGUCAAGCGAGCUGCAAUCCGAUUGCUCUCUGAGCUAGGCCCACGAUUCGGCCACGAGACAAUGGAGAUGCUGCACCGAUUGCUCUCUCACCCUGAUCCUCUGGUUCAGCUCAUGAUUGCCUGUGUGCUGAAGAAUGUGGAGGGUGCCGAGGACUGCUGCCAGCAAAUUUGGGGGGACCGGUCAACAGCCGAAGCUGCUUUGAGUCAUCAAGGACUACUUCUUGAGUUUCUCGAUGCAAGCUUCAAGGGCGACAGGGAGAUUGUCCUGGCGGCCGUGAAGCAGGACGGGCAAGCAUUGAAGUAUGCGGAGCCGUGCUUGUGUGACGAUGAAGAGAUCGUGCUCGCCGCAGUCGCCCAGAGCGGAUCAGCGGUUCACUUUGCCAGCCAGAAGAUCAUCGCGAGACAUGAGGGUCUCCGUGCACUGCGUGAGGGACGAGGACAUGGCUUGUGUGGUGAUUACCUGAUGAUGGAACAUCUCGGCAAGGGCGCCUUCGGCGAGGUCACGGAAGCCGAGCACAUGAGCACCAAGCAUGUCGUGGCCAUUAAGAAAGUGUCGUAUGACCCCGAGGUCUUUGGGCACGGCGUGCCAGCCUUCGCAGUGCUGGAAGUGGCACUGGUGCGCAAGUUCGAGCAUCCCAACGUGGUGCGGCUGCUCGAUGUACAUGUGGGUCGCUACGACAUUCAGAUGGUCUUCGAGCUUCAUCCGGCUGACCUCCGCAUGGUCUUGAAGCAGAGUUCCGGGCGCAUGUCGAUUGAGGAAGUUAGACAAUACUCCGCGAACAUCUUGGAUGGCCUUUGUGCGUGCCACACCAUUCAACUUCUUCACCGCGACAUAAAGCCUCAGAACAUUCUCGUCAGCGCCGAAGGCAUCCUGAAGAUAGCAGACUUUGGCCAGGCGCGCAUAAGCGAUCCGCAGCAACCGCUGACGCUGCAAGUGGUGACGCUUUGGUACAGGAGUCCAGAGCUCCUCCUUGGCGCAGCUCGCUAUGGAUUUGAAGUGGACUGUUGGUCAGCCGGCUGUGUGAUCGCAGAGAUGUGCACCGGCCGCCCGUUGUUCCCAGGAGGCUCUCAAAUUGACACUUUGCUUCAGAUCUUUCAGCUGCUGGGAACGCCGUCAUGUACGAAUUGGCCACAGGGAAGGCAGCUCCACCAUUUCAGAGACACAUUCCCGAAAUGGCCAGGGACAGGACUACAACCUGUUCUCGAUGUGCGACCAGGGCUUUGCGCUCAUGAAGGGCACGAGCUCCUCAGCGGCCUGCUUUGCCUGCAGCCUGACCGACGUCUCUCAUCGAGACAGGCAUGCCGGCAUCAAUUCUGCAGGCACGGUUGA